AUGUCGUACUGCUGGGGAGCCGGCUCCUGCGGGCAGCUGGGGCUGGGCCAGGCGGCCGCCGGCGGGCCGGUGCGGUGCCGGCGGGGGCCAGAGGCCGGCGGGGGUUGGACGCUGCUGGAAGCGGCUUGCGGGGAGCGCCAGACGCUCCUGCUGUGGCCCGACGGCACCGUCUGCUCCUGCGGGGCCAACGCCCGGGGGCAGCUGGGCAGGAAGCUCCGCCCGGGGCAGCGGGGCGGCUACACGCCGGAACAAAUUCAAGCUUUAGAAGCACAGAUUAUUGUCCAUGUCAGCUGUGGAAAAGAACACUCGCUGGCUGUUUGCAACAGAGGAAAGGUCUUCUCCUGGGGAGCUGGGUCUGAAGGCCAGCUGGGCACUGGAGAAUUUAAGGAACAAAGUUUAAUCCCGAAGAAAAUAGAUGGUCUCUCUGCUCUCAGAAUAAUACAAGUCACCUGUGGGCACUUUCACUCAGUUGCACUGGCACAAGAUGGCAGAGUCUUCUCAUGGGGACAGAACACCCAUGGCCAGCUGGGCCUGGGACAAGAAAUCCCCUCCCAGCCUAGCCCACAGCAUGUCACAUCUCUCAGCGGGAUCCCCGUGGCUCAGGUUGCUGCCGGCGGGGGACACACCUUUGCCCUGUCUCUCUCGGGAGUUGUGUAUGGGUGGGGAAGGAACAACGCACGGCAGCUGGGAUUAAACCACGCUAACACAAGAGAGCAAGUCUUCAAACCGUAUGCGGUAGCUGCUCUGAAGACUAUUGGCGUGGUCUAUAUCAGCUGUGGAGAUGAGCACACUGCAGUGCUCACCCAGGAUGGCAGUGUGUUCACAUUUGGAGAUGACAGUGCUGGACAGCUGGGACAUCGCUCUUCAACCCAGAUGCCUGGUCCUGAGAAGGUCGAAUGGAUAGACGGUCCAGUUUCCCAUUUGGCAUGUGGAAGCUAUCACACCCUGGUCUACAUGUCUACUUCUGGGCAGGUUAUAUCUUUUGGACGUGGUCCCCAAAGACACAUUGAAAAUGGAACAGCCAGUAAACCAGGGGAGCAGACACAGAACUUUGACAUCAGCAGUCUGGUUUCAGCUAACGAUCUGUCGGGCGUCCAAGUGAAAAUGAUUUUUGCUGGAACGUAUGUCAACUUCGUCAGUACUCUUCAGUCCCAGGAUCUUGAGCAUGCAUGUGGGAUCUCUCCCACAGAUACCCUGCAGAAGAUUAGCAGGCUUGACAGGACAUUGAUAGAUAAAUGGAUGGCAGUGACAGUUGGCACUGAUGAAUUCCAGGAGGCUAAAAGGGAAAUAGCUGUGAUAUUUUCUUCUCCUGCUUGUUUAAGUGCAAGUUUUUUAAAACCCAGCUCUGCUUUGGAAGCAAAUGGUGUUGGUGUUGAUCUACAAAAGGCAAGGGACGUAUUUGAUGAGCUAACCAAAAAGGAGUGGAUCAUUAACCAGAUAAAUUACUAUCUAUUGGCUGAACUGAUUCCUGGUCUUCCACUGCGUUCUCCUCAUCAUGAGGCUUUAUCUGUUUUCCUGCUCCUGCCAGAAUGCUCUGUGAUGUACAAAGAACAGAACUUGGAGCCUUUUGUUAUGCGACUUGCGCAGGCCAUUAAUAGCAUGAGUGACCGUUCCUCAAACAUACUGGAAAAAUGCUGGACGUCGUUGUCAGCAUCCUUUCUGGACAAUGUGGUGCAGAUGUUUAAAAAGGUUGUAGUAUCUCAGCUGCCAUUUUACGCUUCUCCCCGUUGCCGGGACACCAAACCUCUCCUAGAAGUGCUUGAAAAGCUGUACAGGGCAAACAGGAAGGCUAACUACACACUACAGUUAAGCAAUUUUUACAUAGAUGAAAUCUCCGGAACAUUUAUUCCAACCGACAUAGCAAGGUGGCGCUCAUGGCAAGCUACAACUAAUUCGUGUCAUGAAGACGACGUUCCCGUCAUAUUCUGCCGUUUCCCUUUUAUCUUUAACUUGGUUUCCAAGACUCAAGUGUUCCACUUUGAUUCAUUUUUCAUGCAAGAGGGUGCGAAGGUAGAAGCCCAAUUCAUACUGAAGCAGAAUGAACUGCUGAGAAAGAGUGAGCUUCCUGAGUUGCCUGUUUUUCCUCUGCAAGUUAAACGCAGCAACCUGGUUGAAGAUACUUUACGUAAACUAAGUCUGGUGGAGGACAGUGUCCUGAAAAAGCAGUUGUUGGUGCAAUUUGAAGGGGAGUUGAGGGGCCUGGAUGCGGGCGGAGUGACGUUAGAAUUCUUCCUGUACGUAUUUGAAGAGAUGGUGAAUCCACAAUAUGGGAUGUUCGUGUAUUGUGACCCUGCGUCCCCAAUGUGGUUUCCUACCAGCCCUUCAGUAGAGAAGAAAAAGUAUUUCCUCUUUGGGAUCCUGUGUGGGCUCUCCCUGUUCAACAGGAUCAUUGCCUUCAUCCCUUUCCCACUCGCUAUUUUUAAGAAACUUCUGGAUAAGAAGCCUUCACUCGAAGAUUUGAAAGAGCUGAGUCCUGUGGUAGGGAAGAGUUUGCAGGCAGUUCUAGAUUAUGAGUAUGAUGAUAUUGAAGAGAAUCUUCAGAUACAUUAUUGUGUGUCGUGGGACAACAAGGAAGUAGACCUGAUUCCAGAUGGCAGUUCCAUAGCUGUGAACAACAAAGACAAGAAGGACUUUGUCAACAAGUAUGUGGAUUACGUCUUCAACAAAUCUGUGGAGGUGGUUUAUGAGGAGUUCAAGAGGGGAUUUUAUAAAGUCCUGGACAGAAAGAUACUUAGAUUCUUCCAGCCUCAAGAACUGAUGGAGGUGGCAAUUGGAAACGCUAAUUAUGACUGGAACAAAUUUGAAAAGAAUGCAGUCUACUGGGGAAUGUACACUCCAUCACACCCCACCAUCAAAAUGUUCUGGAAGGUUUUCCAUGAGCUUACAGUGGCACAGAAGAAGGGCUUUCUCUUGUUUCUCACAGGAAGUGACCGGAUCCCUGUAAUGGGAAUGGACUGUAUAAAGAUAAAGUUCAACCAACAUAUGACUAUGUCUGAAGAUCACAUCCCUGAAGCACAGACCUGCUAUCACAUCCUGAUCCUCCCACAGUAUUCUACAAUAGAAAAACUCCGAGAGAAACUUCUUCUAGCGAUCGAUAACAAUCGGGGGUUUGGCAAAAGAGGUGAGCUUUUUACCUGGGGACAGAACUCACAUGGUCAGCUUGGAGUGGGGAACCAGAUUGCCUUUACCGACAAACCACAACUGGUGCGGGAGCUCAGAGGCAUCCCACUGGCUCAGAUUGCUGCAGGAGGAACUCACAGCCUUGCCCUGUCGCUCUCAGGAGCCGUUUACUCAUGGGGGAAGAAUGAUUUUGGACAGCUGGGACUUGGAGACACACAAAACAAAUAUUACCCUUCAUACAUUAGAGCCCUAGAACAUAAGAAGACUGUGUAUAUCUCGUGUGGUGGAGAGCACACUGCCGUUCUCUCACAGGAUGGGCUGGUGUGUACCUUUGGAGCUGGAGAUUAUGGGCAACUUGGUCACAACUCCACCCAGAAUGAACGGACACCUCGUAUUGUGGCUGAGCUGUUUGGAGCAAGGGUGUCUCAGAUAGCAUGCGGAAGAUGGCACACGCUCGUCUAUGUCCCCUCCUUGGGAAAAGUCUAUUCAUUUGGUUGUGGAGCAGAAGGGCAGCUGGGCAAUGGUGACACAUCUAAUCGGUUGAUACCACUGCCUGUCGAAUUACCUUCAGAGUGGGUGAAUGGUGGAAAACUCAACCAGGGAAACAGUACCUCCGAAAAGGUGAUUAAAAUUAUUGCGGGAGGAAACCAAAGCAUUGUGCUUUGCUUGAAGAAAAAGAAUCCAUAUGUUACUUUGAAUGGAAUUGCCAUAGCGGAAGACAAGGAGGUGGAUAAAUGGAUUUCUAAUUCAGAUCCUAAACAGUGGGAGAAUAUAAAGAAUAGAGACAAACAUUUCAGAACCUCCAAAGAAAUCUCAGGCGUAGAUAUGUCAGCAGUGCUUCUUUUUUAUGAGAAGAUGAACAAGAAACCAAAAGUCUACCAGGAGAUGAUCUCUGCAGUUGAGAAAUUGCUGUCAUCGCUGUCUUCCUCUCCCAGCUCACCUGAAGCUCUCAGGAUCUACCUGAUCAUUCCUGUCCUUUCACGGGGACAGGAUAACAUGUCUUACUGUCUUCUUGAUCGGCUAGCAGAAGCCAUCCUGAGUCUCCAACAAAAAGACCUGAAAGUUCUUGAAUCCCUGUGGUCAAAUCUAGAAAUAUCCUUUUUCAAGGACCUAGUGAGCAUGUAUCAAAGGGUUUCCAGAAUCAAUCUAUCUCUUUUCAUCAUGCAAGUCAGAAACUCUGAAGAAGUUACCUGUGAACCACACUUGAAUAGGACUCUGAAAAUGCUGCAGAUUCUUUACCAGACUUUCGAGCAGUGGAACAAAAACCUGAUUUCAAAGCAUUUGGAAACAAGGGCUUUGUUGAAACUGACUGCAUACCCUUGCAUCUUUGACAUGCAAGAUAAGAUUGUGGUUUAUGAAAUUGACCGCCAAAUUCUGUUCGGGAUAUAUAACACAAACUCUUUCCUGGUGCCACGAGGUCCGUGGCGUUUAGAGGUCAGAAGAGCACAUCUUGUGGAUGACGUGUGGCAGAAUUUAAGGAGCGCAGCACCUAAAACAUUUGAGAAAUUCUUGCAAGUGCAGUUCGUUGGAGAACAAGGUAUUGAUGAUGGAGGGUUGUCCCAGGAGUUCUUCACUAUCAUUACAAGGGAACUGUGUUGUCCAGAAGCACAGAUAUUCAGACGUUUUGAGGACUCCACGCUGAUUUGGUUCCCUUCCCAGGUACCAGGAAGCGAAGACACCUUUUCCCUGAUUGGCACUCUGUUUGGAAUGGCACUGUAUAACAGGAAGAUCGCUCCCUUUCAUUUCCCUCUAGCUCUGUACAAAAAGUUGCUGGAUAUUCCACCCACUCUAGAAGACUUAAAAGAGCUGUCUCCUACAGAAGGGAGGAAUCUUCAAGAAAUCCUGGAUGAAGACUAUGAUGACAUCCUUGAGAACAUGAUGAUAGAUUUCACAAUAAUGAAGGAACAAGGAAGAUCUAUAGUUUCCAUUGAACUUAAAGAAAAUGGUGCAGACAUUCCAAUCACAAAGCAUAACAGGAAAGAAUACGUCAAUGCAUACGUGAAUUAUGUGUUCAAUGAAUCGGUAAAGAAGCCAUUUGAGGAUUUCAGGAAUGGGUUUUUAAGAGGCUGUCCAGCUAAGAAGUGGAAGCUCUUCCUUCCUAUCGAGUUCCUGACUGUUUUCCGUGGACAUACAAAAUAUGACUGGAAGCUGCUGGAAGAGAAUACAAAGUACGAAGAUUAUGAAAAGUCUGAUCAAACCAUCCAGAAUUUUUGGGCUGUGUUUCAUGAACUCCCAGAAGAAAAGAAGAAGAAUUUUCUUGCUUUUCUGACAGGAACGGAUCGAAUCCCUGCCGAAGGGAUGAGACAUUUUCAAUUCACUAUUGCAGACUUUCAAAAAGAAAACCCAGACCUUUUCCAUCCUAUUGCCAAUACCUGCUAUCACAUCUUGGUGCUCCCGAGAUACAGCAAUGAAGAGAUCCUUCGGGAAAAGUUCCUGAAUGCCUUAGAGUUUUAUGAAAAAUUUAGCCUAUCAUAA